UUUCCGGUUCCGGCUGCUGGCCGGAGAAGACAUGGCGGCGUCUGCGUCUGUCCCUGCAGGGGAGGAGGACUGGGUCCUUCCUGCUGAAAUUGAAGUAUUAGAGUCCAUCUAUCUGGAUGAACUACAGGUGAUUAAAGGAAAUGGCAGAUCUUCACCCUGGGAGAUCUUCAUUACUCUGCACCCUGCCACUGCAGAGGACCAUGAUUCACAGUAUGUCUGCUUUACUCUGGUGCUUCAAGUCCCAGUGCAGUAUCCCCAUGAGGUACCACAGAUCUCUAUCCGGAACCCCCGAGGACUCUCAGAUGAACAGAUUCAUAAGAUCUCACAGACCCUGGGCCAUGUGGCUAAGGAAGAGCUGGGUACUGCCAUGCUCUAUGAACUUAUUGAGAAAGGGAAGGAAAUUCUCACAGAUAACAACAUCCCCCACGGCCAGUGUGUCAUCUGCCUCUAUGGUUUCCAGGAGAAGGAAGCUUUUACCAAAACGCUGUGUUACCACUAUUUCCACUGCCACUGCCUUGCUCGGUAUAUCCAACACAUGGAACAAGAGCUGAAGGCUCAAGGACAGGAGCAAGAACAGGAACGGCACCAUGCUGACACCAAAGAGAAGGCAGUCGGUGUGCAGUGUCCAGUGUGCAGAGAACCCCUUGUGUAUGAUCUUGAGUCACUGAAAGCAGCUCCUGAACCCCAACAGCCCAUGGAACUGUAUCAACCCAGUGCAGAAAGCUUGCGCCAGCAGGAGGAGCUCAAACGGCUCUACCAGAGGCAGCAGGAGCGGGGUGGCAUCAUUGACCUAGAGGCUGAGCGGAAGCGGUAUUUCAUCAGCCUUCAGCAGGUUUCUGCCCCUUUGGAACCUGAGGCAGCUGUAGAUGUCUCCAGAGGCUCCCACCCACCACCUCAUGCCCUUGCCACGGAACAGUCUACUUCACCAGCUGCCCAGCCCACCCUGCCAGCUCCUUUGCCUGUGGCCACCCCGUAUAUGUGUGACAAGAUUCCAGGGAGUGGGCCAAAUCAGCAGAAGUUGGGUGAGACCCAGAAAGCCAUGCUAGAUUCUCCCCGGCCCAGUCGAGGGCCCUGGCGGCAGCCCAAUCGGAGGCACCUGAAGGGAAGGGAGUUCUCUGCCCCCAGAGGUACCACUAACACCCAAGAACUGCCACCUCCUGAGAGGCCCCUCAAGGAGCCUGUCAACCUCAGUCUGGAAUCCCAAAAUCAAGAGGCUGAAGGUCCUCCCCAAGACAAAGGACCUGGCAGCUGGCAGGGCCCUCCAUCCCGCAGGAGUUGGGACUGUGCUCGCUGGGAGCGCUCCAAGGGCCGGAUACCAGGUUCUUCCUACCCCCACCUGCCUCAGGGCCAAGCAGCAUACCGGCCUGGUACUCGGCCUGCUCCUCGGAGGGACCCCCUAGGUCUGGAAUCUGAGGAUGGCUCCUAGCAGUACGGUGGGGGGGGGCAGGGGGACAAUAAAGGCAUUUGGCCUUUUUUGCCUUUCUUUGCUUAGUAGUACCUAGUUUUUAGGUAUGUCUCUCUUUCUGUGUUAACAUGAGAACCUGUCUGUUCUCCCAAGAAAUCAAGGCAAAAGGGGUUUUAACUUUUCCAGUGGUGUAAUGAGUUUCUGGGAAAACUAGAGGUUGAUGUUUCAGUGUAAUCCUUAAAAGGUAAAAUAACACAACCC